CAAGUGAGUAUCAUCGGCGGUAUCUUUCACGACCCACAGAAAGGUCCGAUACACGUACAUCGCAUGGAGAGCACCCGCCCCAGCCGCCGGUGUUUAACGCGAAGGCGCCGCACAACGCCCAACCUCCAGAGCUCCCGUGGGAUCACGGACCAUUGCGCGAGUCCCACGUUGCCUCAAUCGGCCGCCUUCGGACGAUUCGCACUCCUUCCGCGUUAUCGAUCAGGGUCCAGCGGUGUGCCCUGGGAACCACCCAUGCUUCUCUGCAACUCGUGGCAGAGUCUGUCCGCCGCUCGACCCGAGCGGUUGUCAUUCCGUAACGCGUGCGUUUGGACAGCAUCCCGAACUGUGGGUCUCCACAGCCUUCUCAAAAUUUGUUGGAGACGAGAUGCCGACAGCCUUGCACUAAGACUAUAAGACCAUGACUAGGAGCGGUCUCUCCUCGUCAUCAUCUUCACCACUCCCCUCGGUACCGCAGUUGUCCUAGUUUCAUACUUUCCUCUUUCUUCUAUCCUACCCCGUCUUUAAUAUCUUUCCGGUACUCUACUCCCGAUUGACCUAGCUUCGAAACUUGCAUAUAAUCCUCACCGAUUCAUUCGAGUAUAUUCACUUCGUCACCCUUUCGCUACUUCUACACCCCCAUGGCUUUCUUGAAGACCCACCUUCAGGCACUCGAGGAUUGCGCCGCUGCUAACCCCUCAUUGCCCAUCUUCAAGCUCCCCGUAUACGACAGCGAAGGCUCUCUACGAGCAUGGAUGCCGGUGUCGUACAGGCAGUUCAAGUCUGAUGUCGAGCACUUUGCUGCUCACCUCGCGAAAACGCUGAUGGCCGACGGCAUUCCUCCACGAUCCGUCGUUGGGCUUUGGUCAAAUGGCAUGUCCUACGUAGAUGUCCUCUACAUUUACGGCAUCGCACGGGCGGGCUAUAUCCCUCAGCUCUUCUCGCUACGCAUGCCUAAUCCGGAUGUCAUCUACGAACUGCUCGAGAAGGCAGAUGGCAAGGCUAUCAUAUACGAGCCCGAGCUCUCCGACAUGCUCUCAAAUUGCCCCCGUCCCUCGUACAGCGCUAUCGACCUCCGCGAUGUCGACAUCAGCGACGCGCUCGUUCCCCCCAUGCCCCACCCGACAAGCACGGACGACAUCUCCAUGAUUUUCCACACCUCCGGUUCCACCUCUGGUCGCCCCAAGUUGCUUCCCUGCACUUUCAAGUGGCUGAAUGCCAUGGUCGACAAGUCCGCUCGUACGAGCCGUCCGCUGCGCAAGGACGGCCAGGAUGUCACCGUCGCCAUGGGAAGCAUGUGCCACAUCGGGCAGACCUUCAUGUUCCUCGCCUCAUUCCAGAAUGGCGCGUGCACCAUCCAGCCCAAGGCCGUCACCUUCUCGACGGACGAGCUCGCUCACAUGAUCACGCACGGGGGUCUCAACCGCUUGAACGAGUUCCCGGCCUUCUUCGCCGUGCACGUUCGCGCUGCGCGCCAGAACCCUAAAGUGCUCGAACUGCUCCGCAGCCUUGAUGAGAUCCUUUACUCCGGACAACCCAUGCCGCGUGAGGACGAGGAGUGGGCGUACGCCCAGGGCCUCCCUCUCCGCAACCUGUUCGGCAGUACCGAGUGCGGCGCGAUGCUCCUAUCAAUCCGUGGCGGUGGCGUCGCCAGCCCCGCUCUUCGUCCCAUAGAAGGCACCUCGUACGGCUUCUUCCCUAUCGAAGAGUCUUUCGACCAGGACGACGCCGACGAGAGCGGGUACUCGAACGCCAACGAACGCCUCCUCGAGCUCGUCAUCCUCGCCGACUCCCCCGACUGCCCCCACCCUUCCAUGCGCUCGGCCGACGGACACUACCACACCGGUGACCUGUUCGUUGAGGUUGCCCCUGGGGCCUACAUCAGUCGAGGCCGCGGGGACGACUGGAUCAAGUCCGAGAACGCGCUCCGGUGCGACACGCGCGCGAUCGAGGACAACACGCGCCAGACCUGUGGCGACCUCAUCGCGGAGUGCAUCGUCGUCGGCAACGGACGCCCCAGUCCCGCCUUGUUCGUCGAGGCCGCGGAGGGUUUGGCGAUGGACGAUGCCCGGCUCAGGCGCGAGAUCAUCCGCCGCACACGCCACUUCCACUCGCGCCGCUACCUUCACGAACGCAUCACCAGCCCUAAGAUGGUCGUGAUCGUCUCUAGGGGCUCUUUGCCACGCACGGCGACCAAGGGGAACGUCCGGCGUCGGGCGGUCGAGGAGAAGUACAAGGCUGAGCUCGAUGCCAUGUUCGCCAGCGCGUGAUGGGCGGUUGCCAGCUUUUCGCCCUGCCAAAAAUCCAAAAGGACGGCUGCCGGUUGACCAUACCUUACACGCUUGGAUACAGUACUAACUACUACUAAUUGCUUCGUUCUUUGCCACGCAUUACACUAUAUAUUCUUACACACUACCACAUUCUCCUAUCGCAUUCAUUCCUGUCUUGUCCCUUGUAACCGUGUCCUACCCACUGUAGCAUAGCCUUUCUACGUACCUAGACUAGUAUUAUUACUAAUAGUAUUAUCCAGCUGUAUCAUCCGUGCAUUAGUAUGCCC